AUGGCUUCGUCUUCGACGAUCCCGCCCGCUGCCUUGGAUCCCUUCGAUCUGGGGAUCCACACUCCCAUCAACCUGAACCGGGGAGCCCGUGCAGCCCUCUUACAGAACAGUCCGGUAGUCGUCAACGGCACUAUUGGUGUUUCACCUGCUCCCGGCCGAAUGGCUCAGACACCAUCCUCACCACUCAACGCCGCCGCUACCACCACAGCUACGGAAGGAGCUGAGCGUGCCAGUCCCGUAUCCACUUUUGAACAACGACCAAUCUCUAUCGUUGAAUCAGCCAACGAUCUCGCGCGAGAACACACGGAAGAGUACAACACCAAGCUCAUGGUGUUCCGGGCCUUCUGUACCAAGUUUGAAGAAGCGGCCCAGCAAUUCGUCACCGGACCGCAACGACGCUUCGCUCAGCAGUUUGCCAAUGAUUUCCUCGGUUUUUGGAAACGAGAGCUCUCCAAGCCUACAUACAGCAGCGUGGCCGCUGCCGCGCCUCCCACUGACCAUGACCGUCUGACCUACAGACAACAACAACAACAUAAAGGCCGACAAACAGAUCCACCUCAUCGCCAAGGGCAACAGACGACCAUCGCCCCACCCCGACAAGACCUCCGCGUCUUCAUCCGUCUAGAAGCCGGAGCUCCGGCCAGGGCCCACAGUAGCUAUGCCAUCCGGACUCUGAUUCGGGAGAAGCUCGGCGCUGUCUCAGACAAGAUCCGGCAGGUGUUCCAGGUCAGAUCGGGAUGGGCCGUUCUGGCUGCCGACUCGGCAACACGCGACUUUCUGGUAGAAAAGCAAGCUGAGUGGGCCGCUGAACUGGGAGCUACAGCAGUAGAAACGAACAAGGAAUGGUUCACCUGUGUGGUCUCAGACGUUCCUACAAGACUGUCUGACUUUUACGGAAAUGAGGUGGAGAGUGACAGCGUCGUCAGCGACGAGAUAGAAAUCCAGACUGGGCUCAAGCCCAUUGACGUACGUACCGGAAGACAAACCUCGGAUAACCCCUUGACCAAGGCCCUACUUGUGUCCUUUCUGAAGCCCACAAAAAGAUUCUGGUCUCUUUUCGGCAGUAGCGCAGCUAGACUUGUCGACAAAACCGACCGACAUAGACAAUGUGAGAAGUGCUGGGGCCACCAUUUUGCCCGCAACUGUCACAGACAGCCAGUUUGCCGACGCUGUGGUGAGACCGGCCACCUCGUAGACGAUUGCAUCGCACCAGAACAGUGCGUCAACUGCUUGGGCCCCCACCAGGCCAACUUUCGUAGGUGCCCAGCUCGGCCAAAGACAGUGCACGGCGUGCUCCGCCGACUGACUAAAGAGCAACGAAAACAUGUCAGGGCCGUUGGUGCGGAGACAUACCGACAACGACACCAAGAACCACAGUCGGGAUCGCAUCAGGAAGCCCAGCAGGGCAUGGCUGAGCGACAAAACGAGGGUGUCACAUCACAAGAACGACCGAACGCUCGUGCUCCAAGCCCAGCUGUAUCAGGAGCACCUUCGUGCAUCAUGGUGGCCACGACCCCUCAUGCUGGCUAUGAAGCAGAGGAAGAACCCGAACAGCCCAGACCAGGCUCACCGCGAAAGCGCCGAAUAGCCAACGUCGGCAAGAUCCCUCCGGCCCACGACUGCGCCCUGGCGCUGGCCGACUCGGAACAAUAUGACGUUGUGCUCUUGCAAGAGCCGUGGACGGCUCACACAGAGACCCGCACUUUAACUAAGACUCACCCUGCAUACGACACAUUUACGCCGGUCGACAUGUGGAACAGCAACGACACUCGGCCUAGAGUGAUGACAUAUGUCCGACGAGACCCAAGACUUCUUGCUGACCAGAUUCGGCCUUUUCAGACUCGUGAUAUCCUUUGGCUCACAAUCAACGACCUGACGAUCGUCAACUUCUAUCGUCAGAACGACGAGAGGGACGCCCUAGACACGCUAUUUCAAUGGUCUGUCCCGGAACGUUGCCUCGUAGCUGGCGAUUUCAAUGCCAGACAUCGUAGCUGGCAAACAGGCCAAACUACGAACCGGGGCCAAGAGAUAGCAGGAUGGGUGUCUGAGAAUGACCUCAGCCUUCUCAACACUUUAGACAUCCCAACAAACCCGUACGGCAACACAAUCGAUCUUGCCUUUACUAACCUACCACUUGCUGAAGCUGUCGUCGAGGACCAUCUCGCCACCAGCUCUGACCACUUCACGCUCAGCCUGACCUUCUCAGACGUCAGAUCGACUCCGAUGCAGCCAGGCAAGAUUCGAGUGACGACGGAAGACGAGCUUAAACGAUUCGUCGAGAUCGUAGAGCUUGGCGCUACAGGAAUACCCCUGACAGAUUCGACCCCCGAGGAGCUGGACGAGCUUGCGUCUUCACUUGUGAGUCUACUAACAUCAGCAGCAAAAGCGUCUGGGAGGCCCGCACGGAAAGGCGGACGCCCGGCUCCCUGGUGGACGGAGGAGUGCGCCGACGCCGCGGCUGCUUUUCGAGCCAUCAGAAGAAGCUACCCACUCGGCUUCAACCAGGACGUUCAGAUCGCCAAGAGAGGCUUUCAUCGUGUGGUCCGUCGGGCCAAGAGGCGCUAUUGGCGUAACCUCAUCGACGGCUUCUCCAGCAGUAGCGAUAUUUUCAAAGCUGUCCGGUGGCUAAAGUCCCCAGGAGCCUUCCAGCCGCCACCUCUACAGAUCGAUAACGUCGUGUACGAAAGCCAGAUGGAUAAAGCCAACGCACUCCGACAGGCCACGCUUGAACGAAGAACUGCGGAGGACGACAUCGCAAACGCAUGGACGCCAGUAUUCCCACCUAGAUCGAUCCCAUUCUCUCCCGAAAUCUCUCUGGAGGAGGCGCAAUAUGCGACUUGUCACACAGGCAAUACAUCCCCAGGGUCAGACAACAUCACAGUCAAACUUCUUGAAGCAGUAUGGCAUACCAUCGGUACACACGUCCGUCGUCUCUUCGAAAGAUGCCUUACCAUAGGCCAUCAUCCAAAACCAUUCAGGGAGGCGGAGGUGGUCAUGAUCACGAAACCGGGACGGAGAGACCUUACCGAACCACGAGCAUGGCGACCCAUCUCACUGCUCUCCUGUCUUGGUAAGGGACUAGAACGACUGAUCGCGCGCCGCCUAGCCUGGGCAGCCGUUCACUACAGCGUCCUUCAUCCGCAGCAAGCUGGGGUGCUCCCCAAGAGGUCGGCAACAGACUUGGUAACCGCUCUGGUCCAUGAUAUUGAAGAAGCGUUUGCACGCAAGAAGGUGGCGGCUUUAGUCACAAUGGACGUCCAAGGCGCAUUCGACACCGUCAUGCGCAACAGGCUCGUCCUGCGUCUUCGUGAGCAAGGCUGGCCUAAUCAUCUGGCUCGCUGGGCCGGCUCCUUCAUGGGCGGCCGGUCGGCACGUGUCAGGUACCAAGACACAGUCACGGCCUCUUCUCCCCUUCAUUGCGGCCUCCCUCAGGGGUCGCCGGUAUCGCCAAUCCUCUUUCUGCUCUACACUGAGCCAAUCUACCGAUUAGGGAACCCUCAGGGUCACUUCGGCUAUGCAGACGACACGGCCAUCCUGUCCAUAGGCGACACAGUAGACGAGACUUCUGCCAUGGCAUCUAGAUCCAUCGCCGAGAUGGUGCGAUGGGGCGCGGAGAAUGGCGUGUCCUUCGACACGAAGAAGACCGAAGUCAUGCAUUUCUCCCGCAGCAAACGCAGGACUGCGCCGGCAGGACGCCACGGCGAUGCCGAGAAAUACCCUGAACCAGCUCUACGCUGGCUUGGUAUCUGGUUGGAUAGCAGACUAUCUUUUCGACUUCAUGUCGAAAAGUGGGCGGCCAAAGCAAAGGCAGUGGCUUAUCAUUUGCGGGGGCUCACCAACACGGUACACGGCCCUCUACCGAGCGCCGUGCGAGGCGCCGUCAGAGCAUGUGUCGAGCCAGUGCUGCUCCACGGCUCAGAGGCUUGGUACCCGGGCAAGACCAGGCCGCGGUGGACCCAUCCUACGAAAGAUCUACCACCGAGUAACCAGCAUCUCGUGCAAAUAAUGACAAAAGCCAUGAAACAGGCUAUGAAGGCCAUUCUUCCCGUCUGGAAGACGACACCCAUCACCGUCCUCCACAGAGAAAGCGGGAUACCACCAGUCGAUCAAUUGCUUGACGCGAGGCGACUUAGGUUCUCCGCACGACUCAAAUCGCUGGAUGAGGCUCAUCCUCUGGCGAUCCGAACGCGCCCGCCCCGACAGCCUACUUACCACGACCUCAUCAAACGAAGAUAUCAAAUACAGGCAGAGAGCAGUUUCAGGACGCGCCUUCGACGUGCAAACGAACUCUUUGCACCCUGCACGCGGCCGAAACUCGUCUAUCGAUGCUUCCAUCAAGAACAGAUGCCUCCACUGCAGGCAGCGUCUAAAGAGAAAUCGGCUGACGCCUUUUCCCGCUGGGUCGAGUCUCUCGACCCGCCCACCUUGGUCGUAUACUCGGAUGGCUCUCUUUCCUCAGAAGGGGCUGCCAGCUAUGGCUUCACCAUCCAUCAGAACAAUAUCCCCAUCUUUGACGGAUCAGGUCGCCUCGGACCUGCUGAGGUUUUCGAUGCUGAAGCUACCGGGGCUUUCGAGGGCCUGAAGGCUGCUCUAAACCUGCGAGAAUUAGCAACACAGAAUAUAUUCAUCUGCCUAGAUAACCUGGCAGCCGCCACGUGUCUACGAGGCACUCCUUCUGAAUCCUCUCAAAACGUCUUUCUCGAGUUCCAAGCUCUGACGACAUCGCAUGGAGCCAUCCAAGUUCGCUGGGUGCCAGGGCACUCCAACAUCCCCGGCAACGAACAGGCCGACAAGCUGGCAAAGGCAGCUUCAUCGCUCCCAGAGCCCGAAGGCGCUCAACCGACGCUGGCUUACCUACAAAGAAUCGCAAGACAGAAGCCCAAAGAAGCGUUCCAGGCGUGGUGGUCCACCUCCGCUCCUGAGCAGUACAAAAGACUCAAUCUCAAGGCGACCACAGGCUGCCCGCCGGAGCUCUCGCUCCCGCGCGCAGCCUUACACCAUCUGCUGGCAGCGAGAUCCCUCCAUGGGGACUUCGCUGCGUAUCACGAGAGAUUCGACCACAACGACGCACGCCUGGUCUGCUCAUGUGGCCGACGCAAAGCACCGGAUCACAUCUUCUACUGCAGAAAAGUACCGCUGCGUCAUCGGAUGAGGCUUGCACCCUCUCCGAAUACGGCAGUGAACCUUGCAAUAGGAAGAGACUUCAGCAAAUUCAUCGAUCUGUCCAAGGACAGCGCGUUCUUUGGAAAGAUUUGCCCUCGUUAUUAG